AUGAAUAUUUUGCAUUUCACUAAUUUGGAAAUUCAAGUGAAGACCAUAUCUUCUGAAGAGGUGGCUUAUUUGAAAACAUAUCUUCUCAAUUCUUCGAAGUUCCAAAAAUUUGAAUUAUCGUUCCGAGAGUCGACAAUUGACGAAUAUUUAUAUAUGCUGAUCGGAGAGCCCCACCGUAACUUUUCAGAUGUGAAAAAAGUUUGGUACUUCCGAAUUGCAAACACAGAUGAUUAUAUGCAUAUUGUAUUGAACACUCCUGAACAUACACGGAAUGCCAAACUUAAGUCGAUUACUUUCAAACGAGUUGCGAAAGAAGACACGCCAUUUUUAAUUAAUCGAGAUCGUGUCAAUUAA